UCUCGGUCUCUGUCUCGGUCUCUGUCUCGACUUCAGUCCCGAUCUGCGACUUGACUCGCUUCCGCAUUGCAUUCGAAAGAUAAGACGCGUGUACUCGUGUUUGUGCUGCCCAAUUGAGUGCGAAUUGUUGUAAACAAAGCAACAACAAGUGUUUGGAACAGCCAACACAUAAACCGCGGCGAACACAUCAGCACGCCAUGGUCUACCCCCAUGCACCCGAUGGGUCCAAUGCGCUCGACGAGGAGCUGGCGAACGGAGCCAGAGCAGGAGUGGGAGCGGGAGUGGCAGUUGGAGCCGAAGUGGAGAUGACGUCUGCGAAUGCCACUGCGAACGAGAAGAAAGUCAAUCAACGUCAGUACGAGCCGCGUGAACGCUUGAUUAUCACCAAAAACGUGGUUGUCAUUGGUUUGGCAUUCAUGGUACACUUUACGGCCUUUCACGGCACGUCGAAUUUGCAGAGUUCCGUGAAUGCGGACAAGGCGCUGGGAACCACUACUCUGGCUGUCAUUUACGGAUCACUCAUAUUAUCCAACAUAUUCCUGCCAAUGACGGUGAUUAGUUGGUUCGGUUGUCGACUGACCAUGGCGCUGGCCCUGUUCGCCUACAUGCCGUACAUAGCCGCUCAGUUUUAUCCGCGCUUCGAGACCCUCAUACCCGCGGCUCUGAUGGUGGGCUUUGGUGGCGGGCCGCUUUGGUGCUCCAAGUGCACUUAUCUGUCCACAGUAUCGGAGGCUCUGACCCAAGUGCGUGGAAGCAACUCACGCAAGGAUGUGAACACAGUUAAGUUCUUUGGACUGUUCUUCAUCUUCUAUCAAAUGGCACAAGUCUGGGGCAACCUCAUAUCAUCGUCCGUUCUGACGUUAAGCGGUGGCGAGACAUCGCCCACGUCCCCAUCCUCGAACAGCAGCGAUUGGGAGCUGGAACCACUGGAGGCGAGCAUAAGUCGUGUGGGUGAGCUGUGUGGUGCGCGCUUUUGUCCCGGUAUUGGUGCCGAGGUCAACCCGAAUCUGGUCCCGCCCGCCCCAGAGCAAAUUCAAUUGCUCAACUCCAUUUUUCUGGUCUGCAUGGCCGCUGCUGUAGUCAUGAUGAUCUUUGGCGUUAGUUCCCUGAAGCGCUAUGGCGUCAAGCGUGGGGAUACGGGCGGUGGCAUCUCUGGUCUGAAAUUGCUCACCGUAACCAUUAAUUUGCUUCGCAAGCGUCGCCAAAUACUGAUGCUUCCAAUUACAAUGUUUAUCGGACUGGAGGAGGCCUUUCUCGCCGUGGAUUUCACACGCUCCUUUGUGGCCUGUGGCUGGGGCAUCUCAAAGAUUGGCUUCGCCAUGAUAUGCUUCGGCAUAGCGAACGCCAUAGCAGCGGGAAUAGCAGGCGCACUGGUCGAGCGCAUAGGACGUGUCUCGCUGGCAGCAAUGUGUGCCAUCCUGAAUCUCUGCCUGCUCACCUACAUGUACAGCUGGGAGGCGCGAGAAGGCGACUACGUGAGGUAUUGCGCCUUUGCAGCCGUUUGGGGAAUUUGCGACGGCGUGUGGCUGGUUGUUGUCAAUGCGUUUUAUGGCAUCUUGUUUCCGAAGCACUUGAUUGCCGCUUACAGCAACUUCCGCCUGUGGGAGAGCACUGGUUCGGUUAUUGGCUACGUCAUCAGCUCCCAGCUCUGCACCUCCACCAAGUUGGUGGUCUUGAUGGCCGUAAUGCUGGUUGGCUGUGUUGGUUACGGACUCAUCGAGUACCGCGUCUGGCAGAAGCAAAAGAACCUGGACGCAAUGCUAAGCGACUGAAAUCCCUCGAAUCCCUUGCCAUUCCAUUUAAAUAUUUGUGAUAUGCCCACCAACAGCACAAAAACUCUACAUUUACGUUAAGAAUCACUAAAAUUCUGGAAGAAGAAAGUUUUGUGGCGUUAUCUAUGAGGAACACGUUUAUAAAUGAGGAAAUGAAAUUAAAUAUAAUGUAAAUAAUUAUGUAUAAUUUGAAGGAAAAAAACAAUAAUAAUAAUAAAACAAUAACAUUAAUUAUAAA